ACUGACCAAGCUUCGGUAAUGGAUGUCUCCGUGACUCUUAACUGAAGGUGAAGAACAAUGGGAGAGCAAAACGAAGGCAACGAAGACUGCAGCGUAUUUAUUGCAUGAAAGCAAAGUUUACACACAGCAUUUAAGGCGGUACUCCCUCGCAAGAAGAGGAGAAGGAAGCAUCCAAAAGGGGAUUUAGCCCGUCUCAGAUAUGCUCUCUCCUCUCUCAUCACCCUCCUCUUCUUCCCUCGCUCCUCCGCCUCCUCGCUCUCCGGCUUUCAUGCCUAUCGUGGAACACCAGAGAGAAGAGCAGCAGGAGGAAGCCGCGGGAGUGAGAUUUAGUGCUUACGUGCACAAGCCCACUCCACUCCACUCCUCCAUCGUAGGUUCGUCGACGGUGACCACCCCACCAGCUCUCACCACGCGGCGGCCAUCCCGGACCAGAGGCCAGGACGAUGGCGAGGCCGUGUACGUCUCCUGCGACAAGUGCCGCCCCACCUCCCGCGACAAGCUCAUCUCCGUUGUCCCCCUCGACAACGCCGCCGGACACAAGCAUUCCCCCGCGGGCUCUUCUUCCCCUGGCCCCGGCGGCCUCCUUCGCUCAUUGUUCCUAUCUGUCACCCGCCGGAGCCCCACCGCUGCUGCCGGCGUCGCAUCAACCGCCUCGGCGGCCUCCGCUGUCCGUGAAGACCAGUGGCGUCUCGUGGCGGCGGAACUGUCCAGGAAGCUCCUCCACGCCACGCGGAAACGCGACGAAGCCCUCCUCGAGGCUUCCCGCCUCGAGUAUUCCCUCACCGAGCUGGAGCGCAAGAUCGACCGCCUCGAAUCUCAUUGCCGCGACCUCCGGGCUUCCAUCCAACCUGGCCCUGCUCUCGGCCCCUCCACGGCUCCCUUCCCGACGGAGGCCUUCCACGUAGCCAUCGCCGACGCACGCGCUGCCGUCCGCCAGCUCGCCCGCUCUCUCAUCGCGCAUGUCCGACUCGGCCCACCCGGGUCGCGGUCCUCCGACCGGUUGACGGCGUUGAUCCAGCACGACGACCCCUGGGCCGCCGUCCAAUGGCGGAGGAACCCCGGCGGCUUGCUGUUCCACAUGGAGGCGCUACUGAGCCAGGCAUUCUACGCCGGGUUCGAGGAGGACGGCGAAGAGGAGGCGAGGCUGAUCGACCCGGCGGCCCGGUGCGAGGCGAGCCGGGCGGGGUACGAGGCGGUCCGGGGGCUGGGAUGGGACGAGGUGCUCUGCAAGGGGACGCGGCACUACAGUGAGGGGCUGAGUCGGUUCUGCGACCGGAAGAUGAGCGAGGUGGUGGGGGUGGUGGGGUGGGACAGGGCGUGGCCGGAGGGACUGCUACAGGCCUUCUUCGAGGCGGCGAAGGGGGCAUGGGUGGUGCGGCUCAUGGCGCGGUCCGUUCACCCGGCGCUGCCAGUGCUGAGGGCGGACCAGGGGGCGCGGUUCGACUGCCGGUUCAUGGAGGACGUCGCGGCUGACCGGGUCCGGCGGCUGACCCCGGCGAACGUGCGGAUGAUGGUGGCACCGGGGUUCCACGUGUACAACGCCGGCGGCGGUGGGGUGGUCAAGUGCACGGUGCUCUGCGCGUACAACAGCAGUAACAGCGAUUGAGCGGCGGAAACAGUUCCGAGAAGCCUCCUCGAUGGAUUAGCAGGAGGAGAUCAUCAUGUGAGGGGGAGAGAAUAAUUUUGUGCAUGGGGAUAUACCAACAAUGCCACCGAGCCUUUUUAUUUUAUUUUUAUUUUUAUUUUUAUUUUAUGGUUUUCCUGCUCUAAUGUGAAGUUGUUUAUAAGAUUUUAGAUCUUAUUUGCUAUGCUUCGAUUAUUUUGUUUUUUGGGUGGUGGAAGAUUACAACACAUGUAGAGUAAUAGGUGGAUCUUUUGAUCCUUCAAAUGCGAUCAACUUCUGAUAAAUUAAAAAAAAAUUAUCAAAAUCUUAUCUGAUAUAUUUUUAAAUAUUAAUAAAAAUAUCAAUAAUAUAUUGUAAGAUGUUGGAUUCAAAUCUUAUCUUCAUUAAUU